GGGCGGCGGGGAAGGCCCGGUCAUAACGGCUCUCACGCCCAUGACGAUCCCCGAUGUGUUCCCGCACUUGCCGCUCAUCGCCAUCACCCGCAACCCGGUGUUCCCGCGCUUUAUCAAGAUUAUCGAGGUUAAAAAUAAGAAGUUGGUUGAGCUGCUAAGAAGGAAAGUCCGUCUCGCCCAGCCUUAUGUCGGUGUCUUUCUAAAGAGAGAUGACAACAACGAGUCGGAUGUGGUCGAGAACCUGGAUGAAAUCUACCACACGGGGACAUUUGCCCAGAUCCACGAGAUGCAGGACCUUGGGGACAAGCUGCGCAUGAUCGUCAUGGGACACAGAAGAGUCCAUAUCAGCCGACAGCUGGAGGUGGAGCCCGAGGAGCCGGAGGCGGACAACAAGCACAAGCCCCGCAGGAAGUCGAAGCGGGGCAAGAAGGAGGCGGAGGACGAGCUGAGUGCCAGGCACCCGGCGGAGCUGGCGAUGGAGCCUGCCCCCGAGCUCCCGGCCGAGGUGCUCAUGGUGGAGGUGGAGAACGUCGUCCACGAGGACUUCCAGGUCACAGAGGAGGUGAAAGCCCUGACCGCAGAGAUCGUGAAGACCAUCCGGGACAUCAUUGCCCUGAACCCUCUCUACAGGGAGUCGGUGCUGCAGAUGAUGCAGGCUGGCCAGCGGGUGGUGGACAACCCCAUCUACCUGAGCGACAUGGGCGCUGCGCUCACCGGGGCCGAGUCCCACGAGCUGCAGGACGUCCUGGAAGAGACCAACAUUCCCAAGCGGCUGUACAAGGCCCUCUCCCUGCUGAAGAAGGAAUUUGAAUUGAGCAAGCUGCAGCAGCGCCUGGGGCGGGAGGUGGAGGAGAAGAUCAAGCAGACCCACCGCAAGUACCUGCUGCAGGAGCAGCUGAAGAUCAUCAAGAAGGAGCUGGGCCUGGAGAAGGACGACAAGGACGCCAUCGAGGAGAAGUUCCGGGAGCGCCUCAAGGAGCUCGUGGUCCCCAAGCAUGUCAUGGAUGUUGUGGACGAGGAGCUGAGCAAGCUGGGCCUGCUGGACAACCACUCCUCGGAAUUCAAUGUCACCCGCAACUACCUAGACUGGCUCACGUCCAUCCCUUGGGGCAAGUACAGCAACGAGAACCUGGACCUGGUGCGGGCACAGGCAGUGCUGGAGGAAGACCACUACGGCAUGGAGGACGUCAAGAAACGCAUCCUGGAAUUCAUUGCCGUCAGCCAGCUCCGCGGCUCCACCCAGGGCAAGAUCCUCUGCUUCUACGGCCCCCCUGGCGUGGGCAAGACCAGCAUUGCCCGCUCCAUCGCCCGCGCCCUGAACCGAGAGUACUUCCGCUUCAGCGUCGGGGGCAUGACUGACGUGGCUGAGAUCAAGGGCCACAGGCGGACCUACGUGGGCGCCAUGCCCGGGAAAAUCAUCCAGUGUCUGAAGAAGACCAAGACGGAGAAUCCCCUGAUCCUCAUCGACGAGGUGGACAAGAUCGGCCGGGGCUACCAGGGGGACCCCUCGUCGGCGCUGCUGGAGCUGCUGGACCCAGAGCAGAACGCCAACUUCCUGGACCACUACCUGGACGUGCCCGUGGACUUGUCCAAGGUGCUGUUCAUCUGCACGGCCAACGUCACGGACACCAUCCCGGAGCCUCUCCGAGACCGCAUGGAGAUGAUCAAUGUGUCAGGCUACGUGGCCCAGGAGAAGCUGGCCAUCGCAGAGGUAAGCCCAGGCCCUCCCCACCAGUCUUCGUCCCCAGAGCAGGGGAUGCCCUCCCCGCAUGCCGUUAGAGCUCAGAACUAUGUCAAGAAUUGUGGGGGGCUGUCGCUGACCCUGGAGCCCAUGACCCAGUCCCCCUUCUCAUGUGGUGAGGGGAACAGCCACGUGUUGCGGAAAUCGGCCUACAAGAUCGUCAGCGGCGAGGCCGAGUCCGUGGAGGUGACCCCCGAGAACCUCCAGGACUUCGUGGGGAAGCCCGUGUUCACCGUGGAGCGCAUGUACGACGUGACGCCGCCCGGCGUGGUCAUGGGGCUGGCCUGGACCGCCAUGGGAGGCUCCACACUGUUUGUGGAGACAUCCCUGAGGCGGCCACAGGACAAGGACGCCAAGGGUGACAAGGAUGGCAGCCUGGAGGUGACAGGCCAGCUGGGGGAGGUGAUGAAGGAGAGCGCCCGCAUAGCCUACACCUUCGCCAGGGCCUUCCUCAUGCAGCACGACCCCGCCAACAACUACCUGGUGACCUCACACAUCCACCUGCAUGUGCCCGAGGGCGCCACCCCCAAGGACGGCCCGAGCGCAGGCUGCACCAUCGUCACAGCGCUGCUGUCCCUGGCCAUGGGCAGGCCCGUCCGGCAGAACCUGGCCAUGACUGGCGAGGUCUCCCUCACGGGCAAGAUCCUGCCUGUUGGCGGCAUCAAGGAGAAGACCAUUGCGGCCAAGCGCGCAGGGGUGAGGUGCAUUGUCCUGCCAGCCGAGAACAAGAAGGACUUCUACGACCUGGCAGCCUUCAUCACCGAGGGCCUGGAGGUGCACUUCGUGGAGCACUACCGGGAGAUCUUCGACAUCGCCUUCCCGGACGAGCAGGCAGAGGCAGAGGCGCUGGCUGUGGAGCGGUGACGGCUGCCCCGGGACUGUAGGAAGCGGAUGUCAGGCCCUGUGUGGGCUGGAACUGAGCGCUGCGGGGAUUGCACCCGGGCCUGGCAGCGGAGCCACCGAGCGAGCAGCUCGAUCCAGUGACCCAGAUCCCAGGGACCUCAAUCGGCUUAAUCAGUGUCUGGCACAGAAACUAUCUAUUUAAUGAUUAAAGUCAUUUCCAGUA